UGCUGUGGGACUUUGAACAAACUGCUGACAAGGUACUGAAAGAAUAAUGAAUGUCUUAAUUAGACAUUGAUAUGUGUAUAAACAAUAUUAAGUGGUUAUUUUUCAAAAUAUAUGUCAGGAUUUCCUCUUUAAUUUCUGUUUUUGAUCAAAUCAUGUUGAUUGGGAAGGUCUGUGGGAGUUCAUGGAUCAGUUUUUUGGCACCUCAAGAUAAUUUAGUUUUGAAAUGAUGAUAUGUAUUUUGCAAGAUGACUUCUGCAGUCGACAUAGUCAUGGACAAUCCAGAUCAACUAGUUGCUUGUCUAUACGCAACAGCUGCUCUGAUUCCUGUGUAAACUGUCUUGGGUUGGACUUGGUCUGGAAUUAUGGGGUGACCGCUAAUUUGACACGGUGAAAAAAAGCCAUGGAUGUGAACUACUCCACGGUUCUGGACAGCAGUGUGUCACCACGUGAUUCUUCCAAGCGAGUUCUGACUGGCUGUUUCCUCUCGCUGCUUAUCCUGACCACCCUACUGGGCAAUACGCUGGUUUGCGCAGCCGUCACAAAGUUCCGCCACCUGCGUUCAAAAGUCACCAACUUUUUUGUUAUAUCCCUGGCUAUUUCAGACUUGCUGGUGGCCAUUUUGGUUAUGCCAUGGAAAGCGGCAACUGAGAUUGUAGGGUUCUGGCCAUUUGGCGCCUUCUGCAAUGUCUGGGUGGCCUUUGACAUCAUGUGUUCCACUGCCUCCAUCUUGAACCUGUGCGUUAUCAGCGUGGACCGGUACUGGGCUAUUUCCAGCCCGUUCCGCUAUGAACGCAAGAUGACACCCAAGGUGGCGUUCAUCAUGAUCAGUGUUGCAUGGACGCUGUCCGUUCUUAUCUCCUUCAUCCCUGUGCAGCUAGACUGGCAUAAAGCCCAGACAACAAGUUACACGGAUCUGAACGGCACCUACGGCGAGCCUCCCCCAGACAACUGCGAUUCCAGCCUUAAUCGAACGUAUGCCAUCUCCUCUUCCCUGAUCAGUUUUUACAUACCUGUGGCCAUCAUGCUGGUCAUCUACACCCGCAUCUAUCGGAUCGCCCAGAAGCAGAUACGCCGGAUCUCUGCCCUUGAACGUGCGGCAGAGAGUGCCAAGAACCGCCACAGCAGCAUGGGUAACAAUGGCAGUAUGGAGUCUGAAAGUUCCUUCAAGAUGUCCUUCAAGCGUGAAACCAAAGUUCUCAAAACCCUCUCGGUAAUCAUGGGUGUCUUUGUGUGCUGCUGGCUGCCCUUCUUUAUCUUGAACUGCAUGGUUCCAUUCUGCGACCCUAACGAGAGUGCCGACUUCCCAUGCAUCAGUUCCACCACUUUUGAUGUCUUUGUUUGGUUCGGUUGGGCCAACUCCUCACUUAACCCCAUCAUCUAUGCCUUCAAUGCUGACUUCCGAAAGGCAUUCUCCAUACUGCUGGGCUGCCAUCGACUCUGCCCUGGCAGUAACGCUAUUGAGAUUGUUAGUAUUAACAAAAAUGGGGCCACCCAGUCUUCUUCCCAAUAUCAACCAAAGGGCCACAUCCCGAAGGAGGGGAACAACAGCAACUAUGUAAUCCCUCACAGUAUCCUCUGCCAGGACGAGGAGACCCAGAAGUUGGAGGACGAAUCUGGGGUAAAAACUUUUGAGAAUCUAUCUCCGUCCAUGUCGGGCAAUUUGGAUAGCGAUGCUGAUGUUUCCCUGGAAAAGAUCAACCCCAUAACACAAAAUGGGCAGCACAAAUCCAUAACGUGCUGAGUAUUCUGUUGUCAAAAUGCUUUGUGAUGCGAGCAAAGAACCCUUAUUUCAGUAUGGAAUCCAAAAAAGCUUCACUGAGGACCUUAAAAACACAUUUUCAGACUAAAUGAAACUCGUGUAAAACAAAGAAUGUUCCAAAUGAAGGCACUUUAUGCUGGAUAACUACCUGCAAAAUAUUCACAGCAUUUAUUAUUGACUUUAACAUGUCAGUUGUCACAAGACAUUAAUGGAAAAUAAUGUGAACAAACCAUGUAUGCAUAUGUAUACAUUUUAUGCAUUCUAAAUGUGUAUACAUGUGCAUGCCUAUUUGGUUGUGAUUUAAAUACUGUCCGAGCUGUUAAUACAAGGACCAGAGUUAGUACAUUAGUUAAAUUUCUUGUUGGUGAGUGUUUUGCCUAAAUUGCUCACAAGAUAUUUGGUUGCGUCUACUGUCGACAAUAAAAUGUACAUAAUGUUGUGUAUAUUUUUUACAUGUUAUCAGAGUUGGCUAAGCCAACA